UCCUGAUCCAUCUUCACCUGGGCAGAUUCUUAACAAGUUCCAUGAGAAGGGCAGUGAUUACCAAAUGGAGUUGUUUUGCUUUCAUUUUGGAAGGUUAACUCGUGACUACCUUGCGUGAGAAUGCCUUUACAUAAGCUGCUUCACUACAAGCUCUUGUACAAGACGACGAUCCUGACCCAUCUUCACCUGGGCAGAUUCUUAACAAGGUUUUUUAGAUUUUUAGAAUGCAUUACACUUCAUUAAAAGGAGAGAAUGUAUAUUCCAGCAUGAAAGGUCAUUUUAAGAGGAUAGACAAAUGGCAUCGUUCCAGAAUAACACUGUUCAUCCCCUACAAUUUAACAUUAUUCUUCUUGGAAAAACAGGACAUGGAAAAAGUGCUUCAGGAAACACUUUACUGAGGAGAAAUGUUUUUAUUUCUAAUGAGAGCCUUCAAGGUGUAACUCAGGAGGUUCAGAUGGCGAGCAAGACUUUUGAUGGAGUGACGCUUAAUGUUUAUGACACACCAGGAAUGUUCAGUCAAGAAAGCAAUGAGAUUCCCAUAUCACUAUAUCAGUCUUUCUUCCAGUUAGAUGAGUCAGCUCACACUGUGAUUCUGUUGGUGAUAAAGGCAGAAAGAGUUGCUGCUGAAGAAAAACAAGCUGUUCGUCUGAUUGGGGAAUUUUUACCAGAAUGUCUUGUACAGAACACAUGGAUCCUUUUCACCAAAGGAGACGAACUGAACAAAAACAACCUCACUAUUCAGCAGUUUAUUGAAGAGACAGAAGAAGUGAAAGAAGUCCUUCAGAGAUUUCAAAACAGAUAUCACGUCUUCAACAACUUCUCACAGAAUCCAGAUCAAGUUAGAGAGUUAAUUAAUAAAAUCAAAGAGGCACCAGAAAUAAUCCCUCCAGAGAUGGGAUUUCCUCGGACAUCACCAGCUGAUCCUGAACAAGAUUCCCUUCACAGGAGAAUCUUACUGGUGGGGAAGACUGGAGCUGGGAAGAGUGCUACAGGAAACACCAUCCUGGGAGAGAAGAGAUUUAAAUCUGAGCUCAGACUAUCCUCUAUAACAUCAGUGUGUGAGGUGCAGCAGGCAGUGGUUUCAGGGAGGAAUUUAUCUGUCAUUGACUCACCAGGGUUAUUUGAUACGAAUAUCAGCAAAGAGAAGUUAAGUAGGGAGAUAGGAAAGAGUAUUUAUCUGACCUGUCCAGGACCUCAUGCUUUCCUUUAUGUCCAUGCUCUUAACAACAAAUUCACUGAAGUGGAGGAAAGUGUUUUAUCAAAAUUAGAGCUGAUUUUAGGAAGAGAGAUGAAAAAAUACACAAUAAUCCUAUUCACCCAUGGAGACUUGUUAGAGGAUAAGAGUGUGGACGAGUUGAUUCAGGAGAACAGAUCUCUCAGUUACCUGGUCAAUGAGUGUGGAGGUAGAUAUCACAUCUUCAACAAUAAACAACUGAGAAACAGAGAGCAGGUCAGUGAGCUACUGGAGAAGAUAGACAGAAUGGUGGGAGAAAACGGAGGAACCUGCUACUCCAAUAAGCUGUAUCAGGACGCACUGAGAUUCAGGCAGGAGGAGGAAAAGAGAAUAAGAGAGGAAAGAGAGAGACUCAGGAGAGAGGAGGAGAAGAGAAGGGAGGAAAGAGAGAGACUCAGGAGAGAGGAGGAGAAGAGAAGGGAGGAAAUAGAGAGACUCAGGAGAGUAGAGGAGGAGAGGAGUGAGGAAAUGGAGAGACUCAGGAGAGCGGAGAAGGAGAGGAGUGAGGAAAUGGAGAGACUCAGGAGAGUAGAGGAGGAGAGGAGUGAGGAAAUGGAGAGACUCAGGAGAGCGGAGAAGGAGAGGAGUGAGGAAAUAGAGAGACUCAUGAUAGAGGACGAGGAGAGAAGGAAGGAAAUAGAGAGACUCAGGAUAGAGGAGGAGGAGAGAAGGAAGGAAAUAGAGAGACUCAGCAGAGAAGAGGAGGUAAAAAGGAAGCAAAUAGAAAGACUCAGCAGAGACUUGGAGCAAUUGAGUGCGGAAAACAAAGGGAGAAACAAAGGUACUUGUAAGAAAGCAGAAGAAGAAGCAAGUGAGAAUGGUUUUCAGGAGUUUUACAGAAAUCACAGUUCUGCUUUUAAUUUAUUUGGUCAAAUUGCACGUGGAGCUUUAGAGAGUUUUGCUCUUAAGUGUUAUUUUAAUUCUGCAACUUUGCCUCUUAAUAUUAUUGUUAGUUUAUUCUUCAGUUUAUCUCGAAAAAUGUUUUAAUUUACAACACAGUAACAGACAAUGAUGGUGGAUGAGUAUCAUGUACACCUGAUAUGAAGUUCUUGCUUUGAGAGCAUCUUGCUUAAAUAACUGUAGGUAUCUUGCUAUGGUCAAGAGAAGGGCAAUUUACAAAUCAGGACUAAACCUGACAAAUCCCAAUGAUGUGUAUUUAGGUAUAUUUUUAGUGGCUGUGUUUAUAAUAUACUAAAAACAGCAAACUAUCCUGCUUUGACUAAAAAUAACGAGUGUAAAUAAAUCAAUUCUUCAUAGUGUAUUUAAUUCUUAUAGAUGUAUUGAUUGUUUGAAACUUAGACCAGUAUAGCAGUAAUAAUAGUUGCUACUAUUAGUUAUAUAAAAUGUUUAUAAG